AUGUUGAACAUCCAACCAACUCAAAGCAUUGUAAAUAAUCAACCAAAGUCUGAUCAAAAAAAGCAAAAACCAGCUGACUUACUCAAAGAAUUUUAUGAUAAGACUGGAAAUAGAAAUUAA